AUGGCUUCUUACGGCAACCAGUACAUCUUCGGGGAAUUCAGCCCUGAUGAGAUCAAUCAAUUCUUUGUGACUCCACGAUGUCACGUCGAGCUUCCACCUUUCAACAACAAAGCGCCGUGUGUCAGUCAGUCCUCUGGAGGUUACUGCACUCCCGCUGUACCAUAUAAAAUGGAGUCAAUGGGACUGCAGGGUUGCGGGGAUGACUAUCAGCGCAUCAAGUUUGGCGUCGAUGAGGUCAUAGACUCCAAGACCGUCGACGGCGUAAACGAUACUUUGUACAAAGUGUCGAGCACCCUCAACCCGCAGGCUCCAGAGUUCAUCCUGGGCUGCCAAUCGGCCCAGAAACCCCAACAGACGACGACUCCGGCGGACAGCGGUCCAGAUGGGAGCCACUUCAACUCUGAGGACGGGCCCGACUCGGAGGCUUCGGCCCUGGAUAAUCACCAGGCGUGCCAGGACCUGGAUGGGCUGCCCGGCGGCAUGGGACAGCGUGAGAGGAAGAAAAAGAAAAAGCGGCCGCCGGGGUACUAUAACUACCUUGACUCUUCGGGCGGUGGCAACACCAACGCCGCAGACAGCACGCCGGUGACGGCACUCGUGAACGGACACGCGCUUGGCGUCUCGCAGCACAACACCGAGGAUGCGGAUUGUAAAGCUUUAUCUGGGAUUUCCUCUCUGAGCAUUACCUCGGCAGCAACGGUCGCAUCUGUUGUCGUCCAAAGGACUUGCGAUAGUCCCGACGACUUUUUGUCGGACUUAAAAAGCGGGGCGUUGUCUUUUUCAGAUGGCACCAAUGCAACUUCACCCUCUUCGUCCUCAUGCCAAAGUAGAGGCGUGACGGAUGGACCGAGGACUGCAGAUGAGCAGCCAGAUCAUUUGGCUCCGCAGAGCCCCCAACUUUCAGAUAGUCCACAGAGCCCCCGAUCUAAGUCACCGCUUCCCGCUUCCGCUUCUGCUGCUGCGACUACUGAACCGGACGGAAGGGAAGCGGCGGAGAGUAACGGCUUGGCCGAGUCAGAUGUUUCAGUUUGUGCCGACGGACACAAUGAAGACUGUGAGAAAGACCAUUUGCAGGUCUCUACGCAAACGGCGGAGGAGUUGUCAGUUUCUCCCACGGUGGCGGCCGUUCCCGCCCCCAUCCCCCCAAAAUCUUGGGCCAGCCUCUUCCACAACUCUAAACCACUUCCAGGCAGUCCUCCAGCCUUUGUGGAGAUUAAGAAUGCCGUGGAAGUUGUGACUCCUCCGCUCGUGACACCGGAGACACCCGAGGAGAAAGCUGUUGAGGUCAAGGAAGGCCCUGUCCAUGUAUCAGAGGACCCUAUGGCACCUAAGCUUGCAGAACUUAUUGAGAAUGUGAAGUUGAUACAUAAACCAGUGUCUUUGCAGCCGAGAGGACUCGUCAACAAAGGGAACUGGUGCUAUAUCAACGCUACUCUUCAGGCCCUGAUAGCUUGUCCUCCUAUGUAUCACCUGAUGAAGUCUAUUCCUUUGCUCAGUGAAACCCAGAGACCGUGCUCCUCCACACCCAUGAUUGACAACUUUGUGAGGUUGGUGAAUGAGUUCACAAACAUGCCAGUGCCAGCUAAACCUAAACCAGCUGUCGGUGACAAGCUGGUGAAAGACAUUCGACCAGGGGUUCCGUUUGAGCCAACGUACAUUUACAGACUCCUAACGCUCAUCAAGUCCAGUCUCUCAGAAAAGGGUCGACAGGAAGACGCAGAGGAGUAUCUUGGUUUCACUCUAAAUGGGCUGCACGAAGAGAUGCUGGCUUUGAAAAAACUAAUCUCUCCACAGGAAGAGAAAGCCCCUACACCCAACGGUCCCGAGUCUCUGGCCGGCUUGGUGGAAGUUGACGCAGACAAGGAUGAAGAGGGGAGCGAAGACGAGUGGGAGCAAGUCGGUCCCCGCAACAAGACUUCCAUCACCCGCCAAGCCGACUUUGUCCGUACGCCCAUCACUGACAUAUUCGGAGGACAUAUUAGGUCGGUGGUGUACCAACAGAACUCUAAGGAGUCGGCCACGCUACAGCCCUUCUUCACGCUGCAGUUGGACAUCCAGUCAGAGAAGGUCCGCACGGUCCAGGAGGCCCUGGAAACGCUCGUGGCACGAGAGUCGGUCCAGGGUUACACUUCUAAAAGCAAGCAGGAGAUCGAGGUCAGUCGGAGGGUGACUCUGGAGGAGCUGCCCCCUGUCCUCGUGCUCCAUCUCAAGAGAUUUGUCUUUGAGAAGACUGGAGGUUGUCAGAAACUCAACAAGAUCAUCGAGUACCCCGUAGACCUGGAAAUAAGCAAAGACCUCCUGUCUUCUGGAGUGAGGAGCAAAGUUAUGAAAGGCCAAAGAACAUACAGGCUCUUUGCAGUGGUCUAUCACCAUGGGAACAGCGCGACUGGCGGUCACUACACCACGGAUGUCUUCCACAUCGGUCUUAACGGUUGGCUGCGCAUUGACGACCAGGCAGUGAAAGUGAUCAACCAGUACCUGGUGGUCAAGCAGAUCGCCGAGCGCACCGCUUACCUGCUGUACUACCGCCGCGUCGACUUCUUGUAG